AUGCAUCUCCAACUUUCGUCGCUCCUUUCCAUGCUACCGCUGGUCCUGGCCAUACCAACUGCCAAGCGGUCCGAGCCUGCGCCGCUUCUUGUUCCUCGCGGUGAGGCCUUCACCCUCAUCCCUGACGAGUACAUAGUCAAACUCAAAAAGGGCAGUGCCAGCGCCGCGCUAGAAGAUGCCAUCAAGAUCAUCCCCGGAGACGCCAACCACGUGUUUGAAUCCAUCUUCAGGGGUUUCACCGGCAAGCUGGACUCUUCCACGCUCGAGGCCCUGCGGUCUCAUCCCGAUGUCGACUACGUCGAGCAGAACGCCUUCUACGAGGCCUUCGGCGCUGUCACUCAAUCACAAGCCCCCUGGGGCCUUGCUCGACUCUCCCACCUGCAGCCCGGCUCAGGCGACUACGUGUACGACUCGAGCGCCGGCGAGGGAACAUGUGCCUACGUCGUCGACAGCGGCCUCUACGCCGCACACCCCGACUUUGAGGGCCGGGCCGAGUUCCUCGGGUCGUUCAUCGGCGACUACAACGACAACUGCCUCCACGGCACACACGUGGCCGGCACCAUCGGCAGCCGCACAUUCGGCGUCGCCAAGAAGACCAGCAUCUACGGCAUCAAGGUGCUCGAGUACAGCGCCGAGGCGCGGACGUGCGGCUCUGACAACUCCAUCAUCAUGGCCGGCAUGGAGCACGUCGCGCGGGACGCGGCCGGGCGCAGCUGCCCCAACGGCGUCGUCGUCAACCUCAGCCUCGGGGGAGGCUGGUCGCAGUCCAUCAACGACGCCGCCGCCGCCCUGGUCCGCCAGGGCUUCUUCGUGGCCGUCGCCGCCGGCAACGGCGACCGCAACCACUUCCCCAUGGACGCGGCCGCCGUCUCGCCCGCUUCGGAGCCGUCCGUCUGCACCGUCGGCUCCGUCGACAGCGACGACCGGACCGCGCGCGACUCCAACUACGGCGACCUCGUCGACAUCCACGCCCCCGGCGUCGACGUCGUGUCCACCCGCGUCGGCGGCGGCUACCUCGCCAUGUCGGGCACCUCCAUGGCCACGCCCCAUAUCACCGGCCUGGGCGCCUACUUCUUGGGGCUCGGCGUGGCCUCUGCCUCCGACAUGUGCAGCUUCCUCCAGUACAACGCCCUGCAGGACUACAUUGGGAACCUGCGCGGCCGUACCAAGAACCUGCUUGCUCAGAACGGCAUUGGUGCUUGGGAACAGGGUCUGCGCGAGUAA